ACAGCGGCUCGCGAGCACAGCGAGGCUGGCGGAGGUAACCGCGUGAUCAGAUUACGUCGGAGUCGGUUUAAGACUAGCCUUCGUAAGGUGUGGUCGGGAGAGAGCAGAAUGGGCGGAAUUGAGCAGUCUGUGCGACGCUUAGACUAAGAGAUCUAUCAAGAGACGCGCCUUUCCUUCCCUCUCUUUCCUUCUCCACCUGAGAUACGCUCGUGCGAGAUGGAAGAGGCACUGGCGUCGAUGGUCGACCAUGUCGCUGCUCGUCUUGCCGCAAAGGAGCAUGAAGUAGGCGGAGGGCGCCUGCUUGUGGGCAUCUGUGGCAUUCCGGGCUCCGGCAAGUCCAGCGUUGCGCGCAAGCUCAUCGAGGGUGUCGAUGGGGGUCGCUCCUCCGUCGUGGUCGGCAUGGAUGGUUGGCACCUUACGCGCGAGGCCCUGAGCCAGAUGGACGAUCCGAAAGAGGCGUUUGCCAAGCGUGGUGCGCCGUGGACAUUCGAUGCAGAGGCCUAUGCCGCCUUUGUCGACCGUGUCCGGAAUAGCGACAAUAGAGAGACGCUAGAGGCGCCGUCCUUCUCGCAUGCCGUCAAGGACCCAGUCCCUGGAGACACCAAGGUGGAGCCCCAUCACCGGCUCGUCGUCUUCGAAGGUCUCUACUGCAACGUCGACGAGGGCGCAUGGCGGUCCGCAGCGGAGAAGCUCGAUGAGCGAUGGCUGGUCAGCGUCGACGAGUCAGAAGCCAAGAGGCGCCUUGUAGAGCGGCACGUCUUGACUGGCGUGGCAAAGGACCAUGAGGAGGCAAUCUGGCGGGCUAAUAACAACGACUUGCCCAACGGAAGAUACCUCCUAGAGCACCUCCUCGAGCCUGUCCGUAGAAUACCAAGUAUCAAUGAUGACGCCUGGGCCGGAGAAGGCUGAUGGCACGAUAG